GCUGCGCGGGGCGGCCUGGGGGGGCCCUGAGGGGGCUGGGGGGGUCCCCCAGGGGGGUCCCCGGGGCCGGGGGAGACCGGGAGGGUCUGGGGUGCGACGGGUCCUGGGAGGCGCUGGGGGCCGCUGGGCCCCCCGGGCCCCGGUUCCCCACGUCCCCGUGCCCCCUGCACCCCGCAGCCCAUGGCGGCCCCCGCGGACCCGUCACUGCUGUCGGCCGAGCUGGAGGUGGAGGAGGGGGAUGACGAGGCGCUGCGGCGACUCCUGCUUCAGGUGACCCAGGACGAUGAGAAGCCCCCCCCCGCGGCCCCCUCUCGCGCUGUCACCCCGCAGCCAGGGCUGUGUGUGAAGACCCGGGCGGGGGGGGGCAAGAUCUUCGUCAACGUCUGUCACUCGGGGGAGGUGCCCCCGCCCCCCCCGCUGUCCCCCCCCGGGCUGCAGCGCCUCCUCCACGCCCCCCCCACCGCUGCUGGGGCCUUCCGCAUCCCCAUGAGCCUGGGGGAGCCCCACGCCGAACUGGACCGCAGUGGUCAGGGCUGCACUGCCUACGACGUGGUGGUGAACUCAGGGUUCUUCCGCACUCUGCAGGCUGACCCCCUGUACCUGGAGUUCUUCCUGACAGUGGCCAUGGAGGGGCUGUCGGAAAAGUAUGGGGUGGAGCUGGAGCUGACUGGCUGGCGGGUGCUGCGGAACCGCAAGUUCAUGGGCUCCAUCUCGGCUCAGAACAUCCGGGCGCGGCCCCCGGCCCCACAUCCAGGAGCUGAGGAGUAAGUGGGCCCCCCAGGGCCCCCCCAGUUCGUGGUGGUGGCAGAGCCUUCCUCCCAGCACCCGCAGGUGCUGCAGGCGCGCAUCCUCCUGCCCCAUGCCGCAGGGGCAGGGUCGCUGUGGCUGGGGCUGAGUGAGGAGCGGCUGGUGCUGGGGGGGGCAGAGGGGGGGCCCCCCCUCCUGGAGCUGGGGCUGCCCCUCCCCCCCGACCCCGCCCGCUGCCACGCCCACUUCCACCGGCGUACCAAGGUCCUUACUGUGACGAUGCCCCUGCAGGCGUGAGGGGGUGGCUCCCCUGCCCCCCCCCCCGGACACCGGGGUCCCCCCUCCCC